AUGAGUGUUUUUCACGCUUUCGGUUUAUUAUUUUGCCUGGUUGGGGUGUUGUCGGCGCAGUCAUUUCCCGUCGAAAAGAUCGCUGUUGGCGCAAUAUUCGACCAGAACACGGAUGAAAUACAAAAUGUAUUCAAAUACGCAAUGACGGUACAUAAUCAGAAUAUUAGCAGCCGACGGUUGGAACUUCAGGCUUUCGUCGAUGUCAUUAACACCGCGGAUGCUUUCAAACUGUCACGACUUAUCUGCAAUCAAUUCGCUCGCGGCGUGUUCGCGAUGCUCGGCGCCGUGACUCCUGAAUCAUUUGACACUCUGCACUCCUAUACAAAUACCUUUCAGAUGCCAUUUGUCACUCCGUGGUUCCCAGAAAAGGUGAUACCACCGUCGUCUGGACUGAUUGAUCACGCUGUCAGCAUGCGACCUGACUAUCAUAGAGCAAUCGUCGAUACAAUAGUACAUUAUGGUUGGAAGGACAUUAUUUACAUCUACGAUUCUCAUGACGGUUUGCUUCGCCUGCAGCAACUGUACCAAACAAUGCAGCCAGGGAAAACGGCCUUCAAAAUAUCUCUAGUGAAACGUAUCUACAAUUCAUCAGACGCUAUGGACUUUCUAGUCGCUCUUGAACAGCACGAUCGUUGGAGUAACAAGCGGAUCGUACUGGAUUGCAAUGCAAGAAAUGCAAAAAGCAUAUUAGUAGAGCACGUCAGGAAAGUACAGCUUGGACGUAGAACCUACCACUACAUGCUGAGCGGUUUGGUUAUGGACGACCAUUGGGAGAACGAGGUAACUGAGUACGGAGCGGUCAACAUUACUGGGUUCCGUAUCGUGGAUCAUUCGAGAAAGAUUGUACGAGAUUUCACGGAAGGCCUUCGGAGGAUGGAUCCACGUUUCAAAGGAACGGUUUCGGCCCAAACCGCGCUAAUGUAUGAUGGAGUGCAAGUACUAAUGGACGCUCUGAGCCGUCUCUGGAAAAAGAAACCAGAUGCUUUUAGAAAUGCUCUCAGACGCGCGGCUACCCAGGCUAAUUCCACCAAGGUCAUUGACUGCAACCCCGGCAAAGGCUGGGUCGUGCCUUUCGAAUAUGGGGAUAAAAUAUCGAGAUUGAUCAAAAAGACGGAUAUAGAAGGUCUCACUGGGAAUAUAUCUUUUAACGAAGAGGGACAUCGCUGUAAUUUCACUCUGCAUGUCGUUGAGAUGACUGUCCAGAGUGCAAUGGUAAAGGUUGCAACAUGGACUGAUAAGCAAGGACUCACUCUUGUAACACCGAAAUAUAUUCAGCUUCAUUCGCCAGUAUCCUAUGACACUAACAAGACGUACAUUGUCACAAGCAUUAUUCAAGAACCUUUCAUGAUGGUCAAACCAGAAGAGUUUGGUCAAAGGGAGACUCAGUUCCACGGAUUCUGCAAAGAUAUUUCUGAUGUAAUUGCUGCGCGACUUGGCAUCAAAUAUGAGAUACGUAUCGUAAGAGAUGGAAAAUUUGGAAGUGAAGUAUCUGAUAAUAUCUGGACUGGACUCGUUGGAGAAGUGUACAGAAAGGAAGCUGAUUUUGCCAUAGCGCCUCUUGCAAUAACUGCUGAAAGGGAGAAUGCUGUAGACUUUAGCGAACCAUUCCUAUCGAUAGAAACACCGAUCAAGCACACCAAACAGCCCAAACAAUUAUCAGGAACCUUUAGUUUUCUACGACCUCUCUCUAAAGAGAUAUGGCUCUGCGUACUAUUUAGCUUCUUUGCUGUGAGCAUUGUGCUGUUCCUGGUGUCAAGGUUUUCACCGCACGAGUGGCGAUCUGUCUCUAUCACGGACACCCAUUUGGAACAGCCAAUAAGCAACACUAAUGAGAUAAUCUUGCACAACGAUUUCAGUAUUUGCAAUUCUAUCUGGUUUUCACUUGGAUCAUUCAUGCAACAGGGCAGCGAUGUUGUUCCAAGAUCAUUGUCCGGGAGGAUUGUCGGGACGGUUUGGUGGUUCUUUGCACUCGUUCUAGUGUGUUCCUAUACGGCGAAUUUGGCUGCCUAUCUCAUUGUCGAGAGAAUCUCAGUACCUGCUUUGCACUACGAAACAAGGGUUCAAACCGAAACGCAUUUUCAGAGCCAAGCUACGAAUAGCUUGAUUAAAGACGUCGAUGUAACUGACGGUCCCUAUAUUCAAAAUAGCGACAAUGACUGUUCUGUGUCACGAGCUUGUAGAUACAAGAUCAUUAAUUUCGGCAUAGCAACCGCCAAGGGAUCUCCGUUAAGGGAGGGUAUAAAUAUAGCGAUCGUCAACAUGAAGAAGGAUGGCGUCAUUUCUAAGUUAUGGAGGAAAUGGCUCUUGACUACAAAUAAACCCGACUGCGAUUUGGUCAAAGAUGAGGAAACAACAAUAACGGAAAUGACUUUAUCUCAAGUGGCCGGAAUAUUCUACGUCCUAGUUGGUGGAUUGGGAUUGGCACUAGGUGUCGCUUUACUGGAGUUCUGUCAACACGGACGCGCUGAAGCGGCGCGGUCUAAUGUUCCACUACGAGCGGCUUUACGUGCAAAGGCUAGGCUCGCGUCACAUGAGAGGAAAACUCCGCAGAGGACGCCUCAACGUGAUCAGGAUAGACUUGGAUGGAACGGAGCUGCUUUUACUGGGUAUUUCCCCGCGGGUACCCAAAUCUCCCAAGAAGACGCGGUCCACGCCAGCUUCACUCAUGUCUGAUCCGCGGAGAAGAGCGGCCACACUAUCCGUCGCUCUUCUGUCUGCAAACCAAAUAAUGUUGAUCUAUAUCAACUUUAAAUAAAUCAUAACCAUACAUUGCAGAUUUGUAUUA